UUUAGAAGUUGACUGUUUGGAACUUCCGCCCCCAGCUUGACCUAGUUGUAUAAUAAAUAACACUUCCUCAAAAGGGAAGAAAGUGAGAUAAAAGAUGCACACCCACUGAAUUAUAAUACUGCCAACUAAGGCUAAACUCCACCCUGAAACAAUGGAAAAGAGCAAAAUUCAAAUGCUUUAUGAUGCUUCUCAUGCCCUGUUCUCUCAAAAGGAGCUUCCAACUUUUCAACAAAUCCAUUAUGUAAAAGAUUUGCUAGACAAGAUUGAAGCUAUGGAUUUGGGAAUCGACGAGUUGGGGAUGUGUGAUUCUCCUUUGUCAGAUGCAAGUGGUGAUAGCAGCAAGGGACUGGUUUGUGGACAAAGUUUCUCUGAGAUUACAUACAUUCACAUUCAUGAAUGUGACAAUUUCUCUAUGGGUGUGUUCUGUCUUCCAGCAGGAAAAGUAUUUCCUCUUCAUGAUCACCCAGAAAUGACAGUGUUGAGUAAGCUGUUGUAUGGUUCUGCUUAUGUUAAAGCUUAUGACUGGAUUGCAUUGGAUUGUUCCGGAACCCAAACUGUAGGAUUAGGUGGGAAGGUUGUGGAUGAAGUAAUGAAAACACCACAUGAGCCAUCGAUAUUGUUUCCAAGAAGUGGUGGCAAUAUUCAUUCUUUCACAGCGUUGACACCUUGUGCAAUACUAGAUGUGCUUUCUCCACCAUAUUCUGAAGACUUUGGAAGACCCUCCACUUACUUUUCAGAUAUUCCUAUUCCUUCUCUUCAUGGUUAUGCUAUACUUGAGGAGAGAUCCGUUCCUAGUGACCUAGUUGUUCGAGGAGCACCAUAUAUUGGACCUCCAAUUGUAACAGUGAACCAAUACCAAUUUUGAUAACAAGUGUACAUCUUCCUAUGACUAAAUUUAAAUAUAUUAAUCAGCGUUUGAUUUAUAA